CCCUCCCAGAUGGCACCAUCAGCUCCACGUCCAUCCUCCUGGCCCAGUCCCUCCAGCACUCCAUCCACUCCCAGAGCUGCUCGGCCACCGAGCUCUUCUACCAGGGCAACGCCCAGACGGUGCAGGAGUGGCUCACCAUCGCCAUCGCCCGCACCCUGCACCAGGGGGAGGAGAGCCUGCUCGAACUGACCAGGCAGGCCUGCUACUUCCUGCAGAACGCUCCGGACCAGUUCCCCUCGGAAGAGUUCCCCAUCUCGGAAUCCAAAGUCAACAUGGACGUCCAUUUUCCCGGGGCUGCCUUCGUCAUCGUCUCCUGCAAGGAAAGCCAGUCCGGAUUCCGUAAAGACUCGUCCCUCUACAAGGCCCCCUGGGCCCGGAUCCUGCUCUACGGCCUGGGCCACAAGGUCAAGAAGAACGGGCAGCUGAACCUCAUCGAGGCCGUGUGCUACCCUCGGGAUGCUUCCCCGACCAACACGGGCCUGACGCCACCACCAACCACCAACCAGUAUCCUUCGGUCAUCAUCUCCACCGACAAGGUCCACAUCAAACUGGGCGUGUCCCCUCCGCCGGGUGCUGUGCUGGUCCUGCACUCCCUCCCGCUCGAGUUCCCUCUGGCCGUGGCCUUUGCAGAGCAGCUGCUUACCUGGAAGCAGGAGGAGGGCGAGGGGAGAUCCGACGAUGAGCCGGACGCCAUCCCUGCCUCCGUCUUCCUGCAAGUGGUGGAAAUUCUAGGGAACUUCCUGUGGACCACCAGCAUGGCCCCCUGCGUGAAGGAGCUGCUCUUCCACCUCCUGGCUGAGCUGCUGCGCAAAGUCCACCGCCUGGAGCAGCGCAAGAGCCCGGCCGGCCUCUCCUCCUCCAUCGCCCUCCAGCUCAACCCCUGCCUGGCCAUGCUGAUGGCGCUGCAGUCGGAACUGCACAAGCUCUACGACGAGGAGACCCAGAGCUGGGUCUCCGGGGGGAACGCCUGUGGCGGGGCAGGGGUGGGCGGAGCCGACCAAGGCAGGUUCUCCACCUACUUCCACGCCCUGAUGGAGGCCUGCCUGGCGGUGGCCGAAGUGACGCUGCCGGUCAACAUGGGCAUCACCGCCAACGUCAUGUCUUCCACCAGCGGCCCCAACCUGAGCGACUCCUCCUCCUCCUCCUCCUCCUCCCCCCCCGGGCAGACCCCGCAGAGCCCCAGCCUUCUCUCCAAGAGGAAGAAGGUGAAGAUGAAACGGGAGAAGGCCACGCCCUCGGGGAAGCGGUCCUCCUCCCGCGCGGCCGACACGGACCCGGCCCUGCUCAGCAUGGGGGGCAGCAAGCCGGAGGACAUGCUGUGGUUCCACCGGGCCCUCACCUUGCUCAUCAUCCUGCGGCACCUCACCAGGAAGGACCCCCAGGGGCUGGGGGUGACCAACGACGCGGUGGCGGACGCCUGCCAGGCCCUGGUGGGGGCGACAGCCCACAGCCGCCUGCUGGUGAUUUCGGGCAUCCCCACCCACCUGGAGGAAGGGGUGGUGCGGAGCGCCAUCCGCAAGGCCUGCAACGCUCACGGCGGCGUCUUCAGAGACGAGAUCUACAUCCCGGUGCAGGAGGAGCAGCCCAAGAAGGCCAAGGACAAAGCGGAGGGCGGGGAGUGCCGGACCGAGCUGGAGAAGCCGGCGGUCUCCAGCAGCGUGGACAGCCUGGACAUCAGCAGCUCCAGCAGCGUCACGCCGGCCAUGAGCGUCAGCGCUUCCGCCUCCACCAGCCAGGCCUCGCUCUGCAGCUCGCAGGGCAUCUCCCGGACGGUCAGCGACAUCUCCGUGGACCAGUUCCAAGGCGGCCUGGAGGUAGCCGUCCCGCCCGGCUUGCUGGAGCCACACGGGGUCUCCAGCCAGGAGAGCUUGGACCUGUCGCUGUGCAGCACCGGGAGUUUGGGCAGCCUGGGGAGCCUCGGGGAGCAGCUGGACAACGGGGAGACGGCCUCUGCCUCCGACGUGGGCUCUCUCUACACCGUCACGUCCCUGGACAGCCAGACCGUCCCGUCCAGGCCCAUCAAGGGCUUUGCGGUGGUGGAGAUCAGAUCCCGGGCCAAGAUCGAGAAGAUCCGGGCCAGCUUGUUUAACAGCAGCGAUCUGAUUGGCUUGUCGGCCCUGGAUGGAGAAGAGGAGCUGAUGGAAAUGUCCUCGGAGGAGAUUUUGACCGUCUCGACCGUCAAUCAGAGCCUGUUCGACACGCAAGGGAGCCCCGCCCUGGAGGACUACUUCAGCGACAAAACCCUCAAAGGGGACAAGCUGGUGCCAGGAGCUCGCGAAGUCCUGACGGACAUAUUCAAAAGCUGCCUCCAUUCCGAGCAAAUGCUGAGCCUGCUGCCGGCGAAGCCCACCAAAGUGAUGGAGAUUUACCUGAGCAAAGAGCAGAUCAACACCCAGGCGCCCGGCAACCUCCUGCACACCUUUUUCACCCACGUCCGCCCCCCAAAGAAGGCCCUGGAGGACCAGCUGACUCAGAUUCUCAGAAAAUACGGGGUCCCCAAGCCGAAGUUCGACAAGAGCAAAUACAGCAAGGGGGGCAAAGAGCAGCACCCGGUGAAGGUGGUCAGCACCAAGCGGCCGGCCACGAAACCUCCAGCCAAGGAGAAGGCUGUGCUGAACAGCGUCAGCAGGACAGCACUGAGCGAGAAGAAGCCCACGGUGAAGGCCAGGUCUCCGGAGAAGGGGAAGCCUGAGGAGAAGGACCCCGACAAGUCCCCCACCAAGAAGCAAGAGGCUCCCGAAGAGAAGUAUUUGACCCUGGAGGGGUUUCACAGAUUCGUCAUUGACCGAGCGAAGCAGGACAUCCGGAGCGUCUGGCGAGCCAUUCUCUCCUGCGGCUACGAUCUCCAUUUUGAAAGGUGCUCCUGCCUCGACGCCAGGAACGCCCAGAAAGCCUGCCGCAAGUGGUCCUUGGAGAUGGACGUGGCCCUCGUCCGGUACAUCAACCGGCUGUGCCGCCACCUGGCCAUAACCCCUGCACGGCUGCACCCCCACGAAGUGUACCUGGACUCCGCUGAUGCUGCCGAUCCCCAGGUCUCCUGCCUCUUGA